AUGGAUAAUGAUUGUCCGAAAUUUCGACCUUUUUCCCUUCCGACCCAACGUCUACCCAAAGUGAAAAAGGCUAAAUAUUCCACAUCCUUGGAUCCUCGGGGCUAUAUUCCUGUUUACGAGUACAUUAUCAACGGGCAACCUAUCAUGUGGGAUCGUGAAUCGGGUUAUGUCCAUUUCACCGGUAUCUGGAAGUCAUUAGGCAACUCCAAAUCGGACAUUGUCAAGAUGGUCGACUCCAACCCGGAACUCAAGGUCAAAAAAAUUCGAGGAGGCUUUCUCAAGAUCCAGGGAACUUGGAUUCCGUAUGAGUUCGCAUACAUUCUUUGCAAGCGUACGGCGUGGAAUGUCCGCAAGGAUCUCGUGCCCAUAUUUGGU